GAGAAAGUGGCAGCACUGUUCAACAGCUAGUUUUGUUUUAGAAUUCAAAUGAUUUUGUGUCUGUGCUUUCUGAUUUCUUGUUUUUCGUAAAUUGUUAAAGAAUAAAUUAUGUCGUUUCCUUUUGGAAAAAGUACUACUCAGUCGUCUAAUCCACAACCGACUUUUGGAUUUGGGCAGCAACCACAACAACAAAGUGGAUUUUCUUUUGGGCAAGGAAAUCAAAGUCAACAACCACAGACACAAGGAUUUAGCUUUGGAACACCAGCAAUGUCAUCUGGUUUCACUUUUGGAUCAACUGCAACUCCAGGAUUUAGUUUUGGUAGCACUCCUGCUGCCACCACCACUACCUCAACAUUUGGUUUUGGAUCCAUGACAUCUACAAAUACUGGAACAUCUAGUAAUGCCAUAUUUGGAGGUAUUGCAACUACCAGUUCUACAGGAGGAUUUAAUUUUGGAACACCAUGCACAUCAUCAAAUUUCAGUUUUGGUUCACUACCUUCCACAACAAGUGCACCAGCUACUGGAUUUGGAUUUGGUUCUCCUAAUAUUAGUACCAGUAUAGGUACACAAGGUUUUACAACUGGUUUAGGAAAUACAUCCCAAGUGGGAAGCAAUUUUUCAAUGAACACUCCAAGAAGCAUUUCAUCACCAUUUGGUGCCACUAGUGGUGGCUUUUCUUUUGGAGGAACACCUUCAACUAUACCAAACACUGGUUUCACAUUAGGAGUAGAUACUACUAAUGCCACAUCAGGCACUGCUGUUAUUCAACCAUUUGGAUUUGGAACACCGUCAACAGCGGCUAUAUCAGCUACUCCCACAACAACAACUAGCAGUUUUUCAUUUUCUGGAAUAGGAACAGGAGGUGUGGUCAGGCAUGCACGCAUUCAUGUCAGGUGA